UCAACGAGGACCAAAAAAAGAAGAUGUCAACAUUUUCGAAAGAUGUCGGCGGGACAGAACGAAAACAUUGCUUUUCUCACACAUUUUCAGCUUUAAUAAAUUGAACUGCCUCUAAGUUACUUACAGCGCGACGAAAAUUGGAAUCUCUACUAUUCAAAAUCUCAAACUUAUUACUUUAGGUUGAUCAUCAUCUUUCAUUUUGUCUUAUGAAAUGUCGAAAGCGGAAUCUACAUCUCGAAGCGGCACCGAUGGCUUGAAUGUGGAUUUUAUGCGUUCACUAGUCAAACAGUACUCAGAACUGGGCCUAUGGACUAGUGCGCUGUUUUGGGCGGAUGCAGCGGCGGCUGCGGGCAGCGGAUCGGGCACUGCAAGCGGGGAUGACGUGUGGCUACUUGCCAGUGCCAUGUUGGCUCGGGGGGAGUACCAUCGGGCCGCUUAUGCUGUCACAUCUAGAGGCUUGCAUAAACAACACCUGCUAUGCCUGGGUGUGGCAAUGCGCGCUUAUCUUGCGGCUCAAGAGGCAGCUACAGCGCUGGCGUUAUUUGAAGAAAGUGACCCGGCAUUGCUGGAGCCCAGGAGUGACCAAACACACAAUCGUGCAUUAGCAGGCGUGCUAGUAUCCCAAGCACGUGCUCUGUCCUCACUAGAGCGGCGAGACGCGGCGUCAGCGGCGCUCUGUAGCGCGCUCCGAGCCGACUGUGCAUGCGUGGAAGCCCUCGCGCUGUUACAUCGACAGACACCACUGACACACAAACAAGAAAUCGAGUUGUUAGACUCGCUACCAAUCAGCAGUCAGCUGGGCGCGGCAGAAGGGGCUUUGCUGCGUGCCGCGUACCGAGAUCGUGUUUACCGACACUCCACGCCUCCGCUAGACACCAAUGACCCCGUAUCAUCGUCAACAGAAGUGGUCCGCGCGCGUACAGCCGAGGCCGCCGCGUCGCACGCGCGUCGUUUAGCCGCCUCCUGUGACUGGGCUGGAGCCCUAAAGGCCCUAGACGCUGUGGACCCUUGGUGUGCGGCACCCGUUAGGGCUGCGUGUUUAGUAGAGUUGAAGAAGAGUGCGGAGUUAUUUGCGUUCGCACAUACGUUGGUGGAUGCGUAUCCUAACUCUUGGACUUCGUGGUUCGCUGUGGGAUGCUACUAUUACUUAAUAGGAAAGAACGAGUUAGCGCGGCGAUACCUAAGCAAAGCGAAGAGCUUAGAGCCUGGCGCUGGCUGCGCUUGGCUCGCGCAAGGACACAGCUUCGCGGCCGAUAACGAGCACGACCAAGCCAUGGCGGCUUAUUUCAAGGCUAGUCAACUGAUGGCAGGCAGCCACCUACCGCCGUUGUACGUAGGCGUGGAGUGUGCCCUGUUGAAUAACUUCACCAUGUGCGAGCGGUUUCUACUGCGUGCUGCAACUCUACAUUCCAGUAUAGAGACGGGCGAAGAAGAGGGUUGGGACACAAUAGCCCGCGUAGUCAAGGAGCCUCACGUAGCUCACGAAGCAGGGGCCGCUGCCUUCGCGGCGGGACAACCGCGAGCGGCUAAAGAGCUGUGGCUAGCGGCGUUGCAAGCCGCGCCGGAGGUACGGAAUGAGAGCGAGAAGUUGCACCCGCGCUGGGCGGCGACGCUGGACGCGCUCGGGCACGCGUGCCGCAAGCUCGGGCAGCUGCCCGAGGCGCUGGCGUGGCACGAGCGCGCGCUCGCGCUGCGCCCCGCGCGCGCCGCCACCUACGCCGCCCGGGGGCUGUGUCUCGCCUUGAUGGGCAGGGAGAGAGACGCCGCUGACGCUUUACAUGCGGCGCUGAGUAGGGAUCCGGAUGAUGUGGUGUCGCUGGCACUGUUGGAUGCUAUAGUGGACCGACUGGAUGCUGCGUUAACAGAAAAGUGCUAA